AUUAGAGAAAAUAAACAAACCAUAAAUUUUUCAUCGCAGCGUCGCACGCAAUUUAAUUUUAUUUUGCAAUUUCCGAUUCCUCUAGGAAUUAUAAUUUAUAAAACGUGAACAAACAUUUGGAGUUUUUCGUAGCAACGCAUUGGUGAAGUACAUAUAUCAAAAUCCAACACUCAGACGUUAUCAACAUUCACAACAAACAAUCUUUUUCCAUCCCCAUCACUGUGCGGAAGUUAGUAAAACCAUCUGCAGAAUGAAAGUCCCAAGCCAUUAAGUUCCGUUAUACUUGGUAUACUAUCGAAGAAAACUCUGGAUGGAAGCCGGACAUCAAAGUGAAUCUGAAUUUAUUGCAGAAACAACCUCUUUAAGAAAAAUGGUGCCACAUCUUAAAGAGGGAUUUCACUUCCGGUGUUACUACCAGAACAAUUGAAGAAUAGAUUGUACAAUUAUCUCUUGUAAUUGUUCUUUAUUGAUUUAACGUCAGCCAAUCGAUAUAAAAUCAUAGUUAGGGCCAAAGAAUGUCGUUGAACGUCGGCAAAAACCAGCCCUCGUCUGAAGCUGAGGAAACUGGAACAUGCAAAACUCACCAAUGCCUAUUGUGCGGCAAAUGCUUUGUGUACGCAAGUAGUCUAACUAGACAUUUAGAAAUCCAUCAUAGAAAGAAGAAUGAAUUCCGUUGCUAUACAUGCGACGCAACAUUUUCGAAAAAACGCCAGUUAGAAGAUCACUGCUCACUGAAACACAUCGGUCGGCCAAGAUACGCAUGUGAAACUUGUGGGACAAAUUUUUUCCGCUAUCAUUCAUACCGCUUUCACAUUAGAAAUAAACAUCCCGAAGAAUACGCUCGAUUGUUGGCUGCUUACGGAGUAGCAGGGAAGAUACCCUCCAAAGAGCUCUACUCGAUGAACGGUUGCGUAUAUCUGGGAAACAGUACAAGCUUAGAUAGCAACGUGGGAGGGUCCCAAAAAAAUCCUGUUAAACUAGCGUGUACGCAAUGUGAUAAGGCAUAUGCCAAGAGGGGUUUAUUAGAGGAUCAUUAUGUUAGUAAACAUCGAGGCACUUGUCGAUAUGAGUGUGAAUUCUGUGGAAAAGAGUUCAUCUGGAGGGACACAUAUUUAAAGCAUCGAAUGGUGAUGCAUCCAGUGGAAUACACGAAUCUGGUAACCCAGAACCCAGCUCACGAAAUAUCAUAUAAAAGCUUGAACCCGGAUAACGGAUACUUGGAAAGGGUAAACGAUUCUAUCGGCAAAAUGAGCUGUCUUAUGUGCAACAUUAUGUUCACUGAAUCCGCCGAUGUGGAUCAACACAUGGUAAGCCAUCACUCGUUGGGUGCCAACUAUACGUGUGAGCGGUGUAACGAGUCUUUCGCCAAUGGAAUGCACCUGCAGAAUCAUCUGACCGAGAGGCACGUUGGCGAACCCUGGUUCGAGUGUGAAUCUUGUGGGAAACAGUUGUAUUCAAAAAUGGAUUUCUGUAUGCACUACGAGAGAGAACAUCCGGAAGAAUACGACGAACUGAUGCAAGCGAAUGUCUGCAAUCAACUGCACGACAUCGACGACUGUGUGGUAGUUGAACGUGUUUCUAUAGUAGACCAGCUAGCGGACACGUGAUGAUUUUAGUUCUCUGAUAUUCAGCUCUGCUUCUUUUACUAUCUUCGGUUACUGAACUUCGAGUCAUAGGCAUAGCGAGGAACAUCAGGCUAAAUAAGAUCAUCAAUUUGGUCCACGCCUGGUCGGAUUUCAACCGAACCGAGCACAAUGAAAAAAAAUCUGAAACAAUAUCAUAUGAAAAUCAUGCUUAUUGAUAAUGUGACCAAAAAAGCUAAUACACUGCGAUAAUUUUUUUUUCUAUUCAGUAUAAACUGAAGAUUCUGGUUUAUGAGUUCCAUACAUUUUGCCUCUAGGCGAGAAUAUUUGUACGAAAAUUGGGAAUAUUUAUAAGAUUCUAAGAUUAAUUGAACUGAAAACCAUUUUCAAGUAUCCGGGUGUUCCUUGCCAGUUUUUCAACUACCUAUUGGAUUGUUAUUUAUUUCACGCCAUUAAAAAAAUCAAAAAUGAAGAAGAGUGCUGAGAUAUUAGUCUUACGCUAAACAGGAUCCGAAAAAAAGGUUUCAACUAAUCAUUAAAUACACUGAUUGAAGUCUUUUAAGAGGUUGAAAUACAUUUUCAUGCUGCACGCAAAAUUAGAAAAAAAAACGCCGAUUUAGUACACUAAAUAUCGAAUUGGUCUUUCUGGUUGGUUUUCUUACAGAAUGUAAACGAUCUUGAAUAAGUAGGAAACAACAUUACAAAUGUACAUUCUGAAUCAUAAAAUUUUUAUUACAGAAAUGCGAACUUAGAAAAAUCCGAAAUUUAGCCUAACUUAUGUUUUUUUUAAUCUUUCUAUAAACACCAAUGCCGGGAAAGGUAUUUCCAAACGUUCCAGCUCCUCUUUGUGGUAUUUCCUACGAUGUGCAUAGGCUGCCCCGUCAGUGUAAGUUGUUUUUUCGCACAAAGUGCAUCGAUACAAGGGCUGUUUGUAAUGAACGGAAAACUUGUGCUCUUCCACAGAUUUUGAAGUUAUGAAACACCUCUCACAUAAGUCGCAUUUAUGCUUCCGGUUGCGACUUUGCUGAUGCUCAUUCUCGAGGUGCUUAUAAAGCGUCGACCUGUAUUUAAACGUCUUUUUGCACAAACUGCAUCGAUUAGUGAGAUUCAUGGCAUCGAUGUUCUGUACUUUCGCCAUAGAGCAUUCAUGAUGCAGGUGGAGCCUUUUGUGUCGAAACCAGUAAUCGCAAACAUUGCAGUGAUAGGGGAAUUCCGAAAAUGGUGGAACUUCAUUUUUUUUUACCCUUCGGCAAAAUGAGUUAUCGAAAAUUCCAUGAGCGUUUAUUUGAUGAAGAACAAAUGAAUAAAGUUGUUUGUAAACCAUCGGGUUGUUACAAACCUGGCAAACGUAUUCAGCACCGUCUUCGACAAUGUACGGUCGUGCUUUGUUUGUUGUAAGAGUGCUGACUGAUUGAUCGUGGAUACAUCUAUUGUAAUGGUCCACUCGAACUGCUUCGCUUUCAAAUUUUUCCCCACAAGACUCACAGCUGUAAAGAUACUCCGGUUCUUGGCACACUGUAGCCUCAGUUAGCUCAAUCUCCGAUUUAAUCAUUGAACAAUCAACUUCCAUCUUGCAUUUAUCCAUAGCGAUGCUGGUGUUAAGGCCCUCGUGAUCGGAAUCCUCUGUUUUCAUCAGAUUACUUUCGUUCAACGUCUCGGAUGAUUUCUGAUCCUGUUGUAUGUCCGAUGUAGUUUCAUUCUUAUCAUUAUAAACUACACAGCCGUCCAUAGAAUACAGCUCAUUUAUAGGAAACACCUGAACUCCCUUAGUAGCCAAAGUUUGAGCAUAUUCUAUAGGGUGUAUGAUUUUAUUAUGCCGUCGGUAACACGGUAAUUGAAAAAAUGUCUUUCCACAAAUUUCACAUUGGUACCUUGGCUUACCAAUGUGGUGAAGAGCGUAAUGGUCCUCCAAAGUGCGCUUCAAAGUGUAACGUUUGUUGCAUUUGUCACAAUCAAAACUUUUUUCUUCGUGUCCAGCCCGUAGAUGUAUGUUGAGAAGGGACAGGUGGUUGAAGAUUCUUCCACAAAUCGAACACUGGUGCUUUUUCCUCUCGAUCUUGUCUUUGUUUUUGUACGAUGGAUUGAAUUUAGGGCAUGUUUCAAUGUGAUUUUUUAAAUCCAUUUCGGAUUGAAACUUCGCACCACAUCUGCACCACACGUCAUUCUUAUUCUCACUCAAAAAUUGCAGGAAAAUUGAAUUGUACGCUGGCUGCCGUUCCAUGUCUGUAAGUGAAAGGGUAUUAUUUAAUUACAAAUAAGAAGAGACUUUGCCUUAAUUUGCUCAGUAGCUGAAUAUUGAAAUCAUGAACGUCUUUAGCGAAUUCGAUUGAGAAACUUUUACCUACCGUUGUUUAAACUAGGGGGGUUGGUUGAUUGAUUCUGGAUGCACUUUUUGUGGUGAUCCAAUCGAUCUGCUUCGCUUUCACAGUUUUCCCCACAAGAUCGACAGAUGUAUAGAGGAUUUGGUUCCUGACGCACGGUGACCUCAGUGAGCUCGAUCUCCGAUUCAAUCGAUGAGCUAUAAUUGACUUCCAUCUCACACUUGUCCAGUGCGCUGGUGCUCUGAAAGCUUUUGGUAUCGGCCAACCCUCGGCCGGUUUUCGAUAGCUUACUGUCGUUCGUAUUUCCUACUGAUUUCUGCGGUAGCAUGUCACUGAGCCAUUCAUCAUCGGUGUCCUCUGGUUCCUUUUUGCUGAGGACUCCAUCGGAUUGGAAUUCUCUAGAAUGUAUGAUCAAAACUUUGAUGUCAGACCCCCCAGAUGUUCAGAAAACAACUGAAAUUGAAUGCUACAUUUUGUUUGUUGUCUCUCUUUUGGCUCAGACCUACCAAUCCAGAAAUUUAAUACUUCCUCUUGAUCGAAACGAAUUUA